UGAAAAAAAUGGAGAAGAGAAUUCAUCCUCUAGUGUUCAAAAAUAAAAAAACUGGAAUGAAACAAAAAUUAAGUUGCCGUCGAAGUACUUUCAAUUCAUGGGCGAUAAAAAAGAUGGAAAAGGAUUCUUUGUCAAAUGCUUGCUUUGUCACGAGUCAAAGACAAAGUAUAAUAGGCAAGGAAAUGUUGAGCUUCUGAGUAUAACGAACAAUUCAGGAUACAAUGCCAAGAGGCACAUAAAAUCAAAACAUCCUACACAGGUUACAGAAUUCAACACUGCUUGGAACAACAGAAAAGAAGAUAAUGAAGAAGAAAACUCAUCUAGUUCUGUCCCUUCCACUAAAAAGGUGGGAAAGCCAAAUCAGUCAUCGAUCAGACAUCACUUACCAGAUGCAUGGAAAUACAAGCAGAUAAGAACACUUGAGGAUCUAGAUAAAGCUAUCUUGAACCACCUUAUUGCUGACCUCCUUCCUUUCAGUGAAGUCGAUAAAGAAGCAUUCAAGGAACUCAUUUGUGGACUGUCUGGGCCACUUGUAAUCAAGAGUCGUCCCUUCAUGGUGGAACUGUUAAAGAAGACCUACAACAAGAGUAAAGCAGAUCUCAUUUUGGAACUUGAAAAAGCUGAGUAUGUCAGCACAACUGCGGACUGCUGGACUUCACGGCGACGAAGCUUUCUGGGAAUGACUGUACAUUGGAUGGGACAAGACCUUGAUCGUCGCAGUGCGUGUUUGGGUGUUAGGCGAAUUUUCGGUUCCCACACAUACAAUGUGAUUGGAAAAGAAAUUUCAGACAUCCAUACAGAAUUCAAGAUUUCUUCCAAAGGGAAUUGCACUAUUACUGAUAAUGGAUCGAAUUUCUUAAAAGCUUUCAACAUGUUCCAACGACCUUCGUCAGCAGAAAAAAAGCCAGAUUCUGACGAAGAUAUUGAUGAAGAUGACGAAGGAGAUAUUCUGAAUUGUGGACUGGACUUACUAGAGCAAGAGGAUCUUUGUGACGAUGAAAGUCACUUUUAUCUACCUCGCCAUAUGAGAUGCAGCUGUCAUUCCCUGAAUUUGAUGGCCACUAUUGAUGUGAAAAAUAUUGACAAUCAACGGUUUCAAAAACUAAAGAAUAGUGUGGAUGCAAAGCUUACUGCAAUAUGGAAUAAGCAGAGCCGCAGUUCCUUAGCAUCCGACUUUAUCAAAGCUACAUUGGGUGAACUUUUCGUGAUACACAACGCCACAAGGUAA